AUGUGGAAAUUCAUUGUAUUGUCAGUAUUUCUGGGCAUUGCCCAAGGAGCUAGCAUCAAUGAUGUUAACGGCAACUACACGGCAUUGAUGGUGUUCCCAACUUUGAAUAACGGAACAAAUGCUUGCGUGCGUUUUUCUCUGUCAGAGAACCAGUCCAACAAACAGGGCUCUUGUACCGAUGGCAAGACUGUAUACAGCGUGAACUUCCAGACCUUCGAACGUUACAACGGAAUUAAGCCCCAGGACCAACCAGUAUUCUUCUCCCUACCUCUGUCUGUUGUGGACAGUAGCAACGAUCUGGAAGAAAACUUGAAGGCUACAUGCACACGUGAUGGUGAAGAGAUCAAGGACCGUGCCGCUUUUUGGGCUGUGAACGACAAUUACAAAAUAGCUGAGGCUGAGACUAGCCAAUAUGGACGCAUCAUGUAUUUGAUUGGAAGACAAUUACCAACUGCCGCCCAGUUAGAGCAAGAUGUCGCAAAGAUUGACGUUCUUAAAGCAUUAGCAGAUGAUGAUGAUGAUGAUGACUUAUUGAAGUGCCUACUGCUCAGCAAAGGCAAGAGGCCUUUGCUCACAUGGAGAAAGUUUGAGCAUUAA